CACAAUUAUGCCUUUGAAAACUCAGUGCAAAAAGAACAAAAUGUAUUGAAUCCCCGGUGCUUGACCCGAAAUGCGCGCAAUAUAAUGGAGCAGCGGGAGUUGAACCCGCUCCCAACGAAUAUGCGUUCCGAAGACCCUACCGUUACACCUCACUGGCAGCUGCUGGUACGUUUUCGACUGCUUCGUUUCAUUGAUCUGAUUGCUUUGCGCGAAAUUCAGGCUAUGUGUUCUGUCAUCCACUGUGUUUCUUCGCCUCACCUUCUACUGUGAUAAUGGGCAUGGUGGGCGGAUACAUAUUUUACAGAUUGCAAGAUGCAUUUUUGGGUUGGUGCCUCUUCGCUCUUUUGACCCGAGCGCGCCGAGCCCCAAAGGGGCAACUCGAGGGAUGAUCCAAAUUAAAGAAGAACCUCGAGAGGAAUCUUCGGACGAACAUCCGAUCAUUGAAGUGAAGACAGAGCCUUACAACACUGCAAUUUUGGACCAGGUGGGACACAGCCAUGACUCAACGUCAGAAGGAGCAAAAGAAAGCAGCGGUUGGCUUCACGUCAAGGACGAGCUCAGAGGCACCUGCGAUCACGCAUCUUCAGGUAUCUCCUCUUCAAGUGCACAGUUCGAGAUCGGCACAACAACAGUUGAACCACAGUGCACAAACGAUGCACUAGUCAUCACUGACGGUCGACCCACAGAGCAAUCUUCAGACCAGAGCGAGACUCAAGUGGCAAGCAAGUCAUCGACGUUCGGACAUGAGAAAGACAGGCUUUAUAAGUCCAACAUUUGUUUAGCCGCAUGCAUCAACACUGGCCACUUGGAGGUUCAUGUCAAAACUCACAAAACAAAGACACUUACCUGCGACAAGUGUUCCGCGACAUUCCGUCAUGCGUCAACUCUGCGAGUGCACGCAAGACAUUGCACGGGACUAGGCUCGCAGAAGUCGAACGUAAGUGCACCUGCAUGCGCAUCGAGCGCACACGAGUGCAAUCUCAGCCCUGCAGAGUCCAGCCACAGUAUGUGCCUGCAGCGUCGCAAGCGCACACUCGUGGGCAAGAAGAGCUUCAGGUGUGAUCUCUGUGGUUUUGAGUUCAACAAGAGGUACAAGCUGCGCAAUCACAAGAAAGCACACAUGAGUGCGGGGCUAUACCAGUGCACCUUCUGUCCUGCACAGUUCAGGCAAAGCGCGAUGCUGAAGUAUCACAAGCAAAAACAUACAGGCGAGAAGGCCUAUAAGUGUAACCUCUGUCCUGCAGAGUUCAGUCAUAGCUCUAGCCUGUAUGUCCACAAGCGGACACACACAGGCGAGAAGCCUCAUAAGUGCGAUCUCUGUCCUGCAGAGUUCAACAAGAGGUACGACUUACAGCGUCACAGGAGAACGCACACGGGAGAGAAGCCAUAUAAGUGUGACGUCUGCCCUGCGGAGUUCAGCCGCAGCUCGAUGCUGUUGCGCCACAAGGGGACGCACAUGGGGGACAAGCCCCAUAAGUGUGAUCUCUGUCCUGCAGAGUUCAGCGAGAGGGCGGACCUGCGGUCUCACAGGCGAACACACACGGGAAAGAAGCCAUACAAGUGCAAUGUCUGCCCAUUGGAGUUCAACCACAUGAAGAGUCUGUCACAUCACAUGCGAGAACACACAGGCGAAAAGCCCUAUAACCCUGUAUCCACACGAGUCAGUUCCCAGCAGCAAGUCGGGAAGGAGUGAGAGGAUAUCCGAGAUAAACGAGGUCACUACGCGUCUGAAGACGCCCGCUCAUUCUCUAGCAUUCACACGAGUCAUUUUCCCGGCGGCUGUCAGUUUUUCGAUUCCUUCUGCAUUCGCGCUUGCAUGUCGUCUGUGUCCAGCGUAGGAUGGACCAAUGAAAGAAAAAAACUUAUUGCGCUUGGGCUCCUUGUGGAUGAUUCAGAGUGCAUUCACGUGAGAACCGGGACAGGAUAUGGGCCAAAGAAUAGAUUCCGAAGAAGCGCUAUGGAAUGUAAAACAGCAUUAACCCAAAUCUCCGUGUGGACGACCCAAACGCCUGUGGGAGUAUUUUGAGAAUAGACGCUGUCACAUUCGGUUUUAUUUUCCACUAAUGAAGCGUAUCUCGAUGCUGAGCAUCAAUAUAGGCGCGACCGCGCGCCGACAAGUGAUGGACUGGCGAUGAAGCUGUGGUGUCGAACUACAGGUAGUCAAUAAUCAAUUAUAUUAAAUCAGAUCAACUUUUAUUUUCCUUUCGGUUGGACGAGUAGCUUCCAAUUAUUAUGUUUUUAUACAUGUAUUGGAAACGUGCAUGCGAACGAUUAUGUGUAGUCAACGUCUGUGCAGCGAAAGAAAUAUCCGCGUUUAUAAAAUUCAUGCUUGUAUUCCGUGUCUGUUUCGUCUCACGUAGAGAGAAAGCUUACUAUGCAACACUACAUUGUAGGUAUCUCUCUAUAUAUUGCAUAAUUGUUCCGAAGCUGCUGCGCUGGUGUGUCAUUGCACCACUUUCGCAGUAAAGCCAAGCAUCGUUGGCGUUCCAAUUCAGAAUUUGCCAUAGUACAGUGAAUGCCGUUGUAUGGGACACAUGCAGAACAAUCCCGAUGAAUUAAAAAGCAAGCGCGAUAAGUAUCCGUUGCGUCACCUCCUCCUGCAGCUGACAGCAGACGCCGCCGGUCGUCAGAAUCUGUGCCUGGAGCACAAGAUAUCCGGCUGCCUCCAACUGCCGCUCCGGAGAUCAGAAAGUGGUGACGUGGCGAAGAGCGCCGGUCACGUGGCACCAGAGAGCGGUGACGUUCCCUGACGCCUGAGCGUCAGCCGGCAGAAAACUGACUCGCGUGAAUACAGAGUAAGUGUGAUCUCUGUCCUGCAGAGUUCAGCCGUAGCUCGUACCUGUUGAGCCACAAGCGGACACACACAGGCGAGAGACCCCAUAAGUGCGAUCUCUGUGCUGCAGAGUUCAGCUGUAGGGUACUCCUCACACACCACAGGUGGACGCACACGGGCGAAAAGCCCUACAAGUGUAAUCUCUGUCCUGCAGAGUUCAGCCAGGGCACGAGACUAUUGUAUCACAAGCGAAAACACAUGGGCGAGAAGCCCUAUAAGUGUGAUCUCUGUACUGCAGAGUUCACCCAGAGGUCUGACCUCUCGCGCCACAAGCGAAGACACACAGGUGAGAAGCCCUAUAAGUGCGAUCUCUGUACCGCAAAAUUCAGCAGUAGCAAGAGCCUGUCACGCCACAAGUGGCACACUUGUGUAAGAAGCCCUAUAAGUGUGAUCUCUGUCCUGCAGAGUUCAUCGAGAGCACGAAGCUGCGCUAUCACAAGCGGAAACCCAUGAGGGAUGGGCCCUAGUAGUACUAUCCCUGUCCGGCAGGAUUCAGCCAUUGCGCCGCAGACCUGGUGCAAUACAAGCGGACACACAUGGACGAGUGUCUCUGUGCUAUAAACUUGAGGCAGAGCACAAACCUCCAGGGUUGCUGUAAGUGGACCUUCAUGGGCAUGAGGAGAUGCAACUUCUCUCCUGCAGAGUUCAGCCACAGCACAAACACACACCAGCCGGAGGACCAGCAGAUCACGGACCUGUGGCCUAGUGAGUGAGCACAACACACUUGGGACAGGAGCUGUACAAGUGCUGCCGAUUCUUUUCUGUUGGGUGUCCUCAACCUCAACACAGAUGGAGAAAGGACAGCAGGAAGGAGUGAGGGGCAGGGGGAUAUACGUCCUGGACCGAGUU